ACCUGUACUGUACAAAACCCUAUUUUAUUUUGUGGAAUUUGAUAUCCUCCCACUCCCUGACUCCCAAGUAUGAACACUGACCAUUGUAGAUGGCCGUGGGAACCACAAGGAUUGUAUUGCCGAAACUUCGUGGAAGGAGGAUCUCCUUCGUCCCCAAUAUUUUUCUCUAUCAAUUCCAAAUUUCCACCUACAUUUCAUCUCUCUCCGAUUGGUGAAAAUCAUCAGUUUUUCAUCAAUUUCCCAAUCAAUCUUUGAUCAUCUUUCUUGCCUACCGCUCCUGUUUUUUAGAUCUUCUUACUUUCUUACAUUCCGAUCCUGUUUCUUUUUGAUCUUCUUAAUCUUCAGUUAACAUAUCAUCCCGAUGGCUACCCUGAUCCUGGAUGAUCUUUUUACUAGCAAUUUAUUUAAGCCUUGGUAUGAGGAUCUUGAAGUUACUAGCAAUUUAUCUGAGGAUCUUUUUAAAAGCUCAAUGGAACAGAAAUCCGUGGAACAGGAUCUUCUCGGAUAUCUUCUCAAUGAUGGAGAAAGAGAGAGAGAGAGAUAUAAUGAAGAUCCCUGAAGUCCUCAAUGGAAAAGUAAUACACUUGGAGCAUCAGCCUGCGCUUCACAGGCCCAUCAUGCAUCCAAAGGAGGAUCAGCCUGCGCUUCGCAGGCCCAUCAUGCAUCCAGAGGAGGAUUGGCCUGCCCUUUGCAGGCCCACCAUGCAUCCAGAGGAGGAUCAGCCUGCGCUUCACAGGCCCAUCAUGCAACCAGAGGAGGAUCAACCUGCGCUUCACAGGCCCACCAUGCAUCCAGAGGAGGAUCACAGGCACCCCAUGCAUCCGGAGGAGGAUGAGCCUGCUAUUCAGGUUUAUCGUGUGAACUGUGCCUCUGUUGUUGGAAUCUCCAGUGUUGAGGGAGAUUGACCAUGCUUAGAAAUGCACCAGUACUCUCUUAAUUGGCUGGUUCUCUUCUAAAGAUUCAUCUUAUGCAAUGGGCAGAACCAGAUAAUUCGAAGUCUGGUUGAACCUGUAUCUUCCAUGUUAUAAUUCUUCUUGCCCUUCUGUUGUUAUUGUAUAAUCGAAUUGUCGAGCAAGUUGUAACUUCAUGUUGUAGCUGAUUUUGUGUUGAUGAAUCAAUGUAAUUUAAACAAAUUUGUUAUACAAAUAGCAUGUUGUGAUGGAGUACUACUUCAUGUUGUAGCUGAUUUUGUGUUGAUAAAUUGAUGUAAUUUAAACAAAUUUGUUACACAAAUAGCAUA